GUCUUGGAUUUGUCAGUCGUUCCUUUAACCUUAACCAACAAUGAGUAAGCUUAAAUGGCAGCUGAUCAUCGUCACAUUUCUAUUGUACCAAAGGAGUCUCAGCGCCCAAGAUAUUCCUUCCAAACGCAUUGUAGAGGGUUUCAAUGCAGAUCCUAAACAGUUUCCAUAUCAAGUAUAUUUAAUGAUUCUGAAAGACUCCCAUCCUUUCACUGCAUGUGGUGGUGUGAUAAUAUCAAAUCGAAUUGUUCUUACAGCCGGUCAUUGCAUACCCACCAAAUUUAAUGCUGUAAAAAUUAACUUUGGAACUGUGGACAUAUCCAAUAAAAUGGAAGUGGGACAACAACAGUUGAUAGUAAAAGCAAAAAAUGUUUUCGUACAUCCAGAAUAUGAGCUCAAUAAUAAACCCAAUGACAUAGCUCUCAUAAAACUUCCAGCCGAUUUGCUAUUUGACGAGUAUAUUCAACCUGCCAAGUUACCCGAUGCAAAUGAACUUUAUGAGAAUGAAAGUGCUGUUGUGUCUGGUUGGGGUACAACUUCGUAUAAUGGUCCUCAACCAAAUCACCUGCAGUAUUAUAAUGUUACUGUGUAUUCAAACGAAGAAUGUAAAAACAAAUUAGUACCUGAUAUAUUUCCGUCAUCGUAUAUCUGCUUGAAGCCAAGUCAAAGUUCUCCAUGCUAUGGCGACUCUGGUGGUCCAUUGGCAAUUCGAAAUGAAGAUGGAAGCCACACUUUACUGGGUUUGACAUCAUUUGGUUCAGAGACAUGCGAAUUUAAUUCACCUCCUAUUUACACCCGAGUAUCAUCAUAUUUACAAUGGAUAAAAAAAUUUGAAUGAAUCAAAAAUAUAAGA